AUGCAGGGCGAGAGGUGCGAAGAGGAGUCAAUGAACCCUAAUGCAACUUCAACUUCUGCAAGCAACGAGACGAAGCAGCCGGUGGUCAUUUUAGUUGUGGGGAUGGCUGGUACCGGCAAAACGACGCUUGUCCACGCGCUGCAGAACUACGCUACCGGAAAAGGCAUCCGUUCUUACUUCAUCAACCUCGAUCCGGCGGUGGCCUCAGUGCCAUACCGGGCUAACAUCGAUAUUCGCGAUACGGUAAGCUACAAAGAGGUCAUGAAUAGCUAUCGGCUGGGGCCGAACGGCGCCAUCAUGACGUCACUGAAUCUUUUCGCCACGAAGUUCAACCAGGUGGUUUCCCUCUUAGAGAAGAAAGAAGCCCUGGAGUGGAUUAUUGUCGACACUCCCGGGCAGAUCGAGGUCUUCACGUGGUCGGCAUCUGGGCAACUUAUUGCGGAGUCUCUGGCUGCUGUCUUUCCGACGAUCAUUCUGUUCGUGGCGGACACGACGCGGUGCAUCAACCCUAGCACUUUUGUCUCUUCCAUGCUUUACUCUAGCGGGAUCAUGCUGAAGCAACAGCUCCCUUUGCUUCUCGUUUUCAACAAAACGGAUGUGGUGUCGGCAGAUUUAGUCAUCUCAUGGAUGCGCGACAACGACGCCUUGCAGGAGGCGGUGGAUCUGGGAUCCUCAGGUUCCUUAGCGGGUCUGCCUCAAGGUGGGUGUGGGAGCGAUGGCAACGUCGGGGUUGGUGGCUUUGGGAGUGGGGGAGGGAGCUACGCGAGCACCCUCGCGCGCUCCAUGUCGUUGUUUCUGCAUGAGUUCUACGAAAACAUCCCCUACGCGGCCGUCUCGGCCUCCACCAAUGCGGGACUGAACGAAUUAGAAGCCGCGAUUGUGCGAGGCAAGACCCAGGCUGUGGAGGAAAAUCAGCGCAUGCGGGAAGUGGAAUUACAGAAGAAGAAAGAAGCAAAUGAAGCCAAUGCGGCACGUCAGAUAGCGGCUUUUCAGAGGGAUUUGGGGAAGGGUGACCAUUUUUGA